GAUUCUUCCGCCACACACGACUUGCUAUCAUGUCGGCGUCCGCGGCGAUCGAACAGCGCAACCAAGAUGCAACGAUUUAUGUCGGCAACUUGGACGAGAAGGUGACGGAAGAGCUUCUUUGGGAGCUCAUGCUUCAAGCUGGAGUUGUGGUGAACGUGCACAUUCCCCGCGACAAGGUCACAUCGCGCCACGGUGGGUACGGAUUUGUGGAGUUCCGCACGGAGGACGACGCCGAGUACGCGACGAAAGUGAUGAACAUGAUCCAGCUCUUCAACAAAAUCAUUCGCGUGAAGAAGUCCUCCCAGGAUACCAAGACACUCGACAUUGGGGCCAACUUGUUCUUAGGCAACUUGGACCCAGAGGUUGACGAGAAGCUCUUGUACGACACGUUCUCGGCCUUUGGGGGGAUUGUCGAAACCCCCAAGAUCAUGCGCGACCCCGACACGAAGAUGUCCCGAGGCUUUGGCUUUGUCAGCUACGACUCGUUUGAAGCGGCCGAUUUGGCCAUCGAGUGCAUGAACACGCAGUACCUGUGCAAUCGCCAGAUCGUCGUCCAGUACGCCUACAAGAAGGGCAGCAACAACGAACGCCACGGGUCUCAAGCGGAGCGCCUCCUGGCAUCGAGCAACCCCAACAAACUCAAGCCGCACACGCGUUUUGCAUUUGCCACACCGGCACUCCCCCAACCUCCUCAGCAACUGCAGCCUCCGCCGCAACCAUACAUGCAGCAGUACCACCAAUAUCAGCAGCCGCAAAGCCAUUACCAGCCGCAGCAACCCAUGAUGAUGAUGAUGCAGCCCAUGAUGAUGGGCAUGCAGAACAUGCAAGGCGCUGUGGUCCCGCCCCCACCUCCCACCAUGUAUAUGGCCCACGGCGUCGCGCCGCCCCCGCCGCCACCCCAGCAUUUUUAAUUGAAACACCUGUGCCCGCUUUUAUCCGC